AUGUGGAAUGUGGACGACAUGAAGUGGGAGCCCCUGAAAAACUCUCUCCAGGGUGCCCCCGGAAGUAGAAUUUUGACGACAACUAGAAGCGAUGAGGUUGUUAGAGUGAUAGGCACGAACAUACGGCAAUCAGUGGGCCUACUAUCCCCUGAUGACUACUGGUCACUAUUGAGCAGGAUAGCCUUUUUCGGAAGAAGUGAGGAGGAGCGCAAGGAACUUGAAGGUAUUGGUAGAGAGAUUUCGACGAAGUGCAAGGGGUUGCCACUUGCUGCAAAAAUUAUGGGAAGCCUGCUACGACUGAAAGAUAUCGUAAUUCAGUGGCGAAAUGUUUUGGAGAGUCCUUUGUGGCAGUUGAAGGUAGUGGAGGAUAAGCUUUUCCUCCAUUUGUAUUUGAGUUACAAUGAUUUGUCUCCAGAAUGUAAAUGCUGCUUCUCUAGUUGCAUCAUCUAUCCAAAAGAUACCUUGAUACAUUUGGAUGAGCUUAUCAUGCUCUGGAUAGCACAUGGUUAUCUUGGUUCAAGUGGAAAUGUAGAUAGCAUGCAAGUGAUGGGGUUAGAGUUCUUUAAGAACCUAGUAAUGCAAUCUUUCUUGCAAGAGUUAGAGAUGGAUAAAUAUGAUGAAAGUAAAAUCUCUUGCAAAAUGCAUGAUAUAAUGCAUGACUUCGUCACUCAUCUCUCACAAGAUAAUUACUGCUUAAUCUUAGAUGAUGAAGCAGAGAUUACGAAUUGUGAUAUCGGAAAAGUUCGCACCUGUUGUGUUAGAAAUGUUUCUCAAAUAAGUACCCUUUUAAAUCUCUUUAGUGGUUUAAAAUGUGUUCGGGUACUUAUUGUGAGAAAUUGUCUUCAUAUUCCACAAGAGAUAGGAAAAUUAAUUCACUUGAGGUAUCUUGACUUGAUCUCCAAUUUUAUAAGUGAACUCCCAGAAACCUUGUGUGAUUUGUCUAAUUUGCAGACCUUGGAUCUCCGAAAAUGUAUCUUUCUCUCUGCACUGCCUCAAGGGAUCUAUAAACUAAGAAGUCUACGACACCUUCUCUUUGACGCUUGGAAGACGAAUUCAAUUUCCCAAGGAUUGGAGAGAUUAACUGGUCUUUGGAUUUUGAGCAGUUUCACAGCAGGAAGAGGAUCAAGUAAGUUGGGAUAUUUGAGAAAACUAAACAAACUUCGAGGAUCUCUAGAACUUAUUCUAGGAGACUUGACCCAGUCAGAAGACUUGGUUGACGCUAAGAAAGCAGAAUUGGAAAAAAAGAAAUACAUUAAAAAAUUGAACAUCAUUUUUCGGAGGGAGGUUAGGGCCGACAUAAUGGAAGCUCUUCAACCACCUCCAAAACUGCGAAGUUUAGGAUUCGUGAAAUACGUGGGCAAUGAAUUUUUGGGGAUAAUGGAGACUAUCCAGGAACUACCGAAUACGGGACCCGCAUUCCCGAAGUUGAGGAAAUUGCAUUUUUCCGAAUUUGACAAUUGGGAAACAUGGGAGGAUAUAACCGGGGAUGAAAAAGAGCAUCUCUUAAUAAUGCCAUGUCUCAGGGAGUUAGAAAUCAGUUAUUGCGACAAGUUAAAGGCAUUACCACAUUGCCUCCUUAGUAUGGCAUCGUCACUGGAGUAUUUGACUAUUAAACGCUCCUUAUGUCUAGGUUCACUUUACGGGGAGAGGACUGGAGACGAAUGGGACAAGAUAUCUCACAUUCCCACAUUAAGGUACACAGUUUGGAAGAUAUAA